UUGUACAUAUUUCUUGGACUGACUUCUAUCAGGAGGAGAUAAUGUUUCCAGUAUAGUAUAUAUAGAGAGACUCUGGAUAUCUCUCACUACUUAUUAUUGGAGAAGACAGACCCACUGUAUUCCACAGCCACAGCCCAUCCAUAGCCCAGCUUACCUAAAAAAAAGAUGUCAGGGAUCCUCUCAAAGAGCAAAGCCAAAGGUGUUGAUUUCUGUGGUGUAGAUGACAAUUAUUAUAUCGUUCGCGCUGAUCUUGGCUGUUACAUGUUCUCAACAAAUUUCCAUGGAGGCGAGGACCUCACGAUUUACAGCCUGCACCCCUCCUGUCAGGGUGGAGAUCACUAUCUUGCCUUUGACGACAGAACAUUUUACAUCAUUAAAGGUAAUACGUGUCGCUGUGUGUCCGAUAUGACCCAUGAUUAUAAGGCUGAAGUGUUUGACCUCCACCCAAACUGUCAAGGAGGUGACAACUAUCUGUCUGCUUAUGGAAACUUCUACAUAAUCUUUAAGAGCAGAGGUGUGUAUCACAAAACUACCAAUAUGAAAACAGAUAGUAAUUCAAUUGAUUACGCACUGCAUCCAAACUGCAAGGAUGGCCUAUAUUACUGGGGCACAAAAUCUUACUCCUACUUUCUCAAACCACAAGGUACAUGGGGAGUCGAGUACCACAAAACUAAUGACCUUAACAGAGACACCAAAUCAGACACAUACUCAGUUCACCCAGAUGUACUGAGCUUCCUUCCUGGAGGCCUGGCUACAACACUAGGCCCAGCAUUUGGAAAAUGGGAGCUCAUUAAGACGAUUUCCAACAAUUCACCAAUUCCCUUAUCCUGGCAAAAUAAGAUAACUCGGAAAGUGGGCUAUAACAAAUCCCAGAUAAAUAGUAUAGAGCACAACUGGAAAAUUUCAAUGAGCAGCACAUAUCAGUCAGGGGCUCUGACUGAAGCCUUGGCCAAAUUUCAGUUCUCUCUGGCAGCAGAAUACGGAGGAAAAAGUGUCAACACCAACGAAGAGAGAUGGGAAGAAGCAACUGAGACAGAAGAAAGUCUGUCCCUGUCUCUACAGCCCCACACUAACAUGUACAUUUGGCAGUACAAGCUUGGCUUUGGCAAGAAUGAUGUCCUCUUAUGCCGUGAUCUGACAUUUCAUGAUGAUCCUACUCCCCCCUCUACAAUUCCUCUGCCACCAGCUAACUAAUCUGGGUGAUAAGAAGUGUGAUGUGCUGGGGAAGAAUUGCUUAUAGUCUGUCUGUGAGUGCCUGAAUGCUUAGGGUUAUUGGGGUUGAUACUUAAGUAACAUGUUGCUGAUUGAGGGGAUUCGAUCUUAUUAAUGGCUCAAUACUAACACAUUAUUUUAGAACAAACUGUGUUUAUUAGGUUGUCAAGUUAGAUUAGCACAAAGAAAAAAAACAACUCACCUUCUAAUAUUAAAUGUACUAAUUUUUAAUUUAGAUCAUAUAUCAGACUUUAUAUAUUCAUACUCUUAGAAUCAUAUAUGUAUUAACAUUAUUCUAUAAUAUCAAUUUUUGUAAAAUUUUCACUUCUCAUAAAGAAGUUAAUUAUUUUCAAACAAAUGUGCAAUGUCAUCUCAUCUGCUGUUCUGAAUUGGAUGUGGUAGUUUGAGGACAGAGUUAAAUUAAAAAGAAUCCACGAA